AUGAUGAGCAUGGAGCGUUUUGCAACAGAGGAACAUUUGGCCAAAAAGAUCUUAUUGGACAUAUCAGUUCCAAUCGUCACUCGUUAUUAUGGAGAAUUAAUAACCUAUUAUUACAGUAUUGAUUUUUCAUUACAUAAUAAAACCGAACAAAAAAUAGCACCAAAUGGACUAACAGAUAAGACAAAUCAAAAUGCUGAUACGUAUGGCGAUCUCGAUCGUUAUUAUCAACAAAUAUGUGGGUGUAAUACAAUAAACAAAUGUAUUGCUGUUUAUCGUCGAUGCAUUAUACGUAAUCAUAUGUAUCAUUCAUUGUUUAUAAUAAACAUCAAACAUCAGUUAGUUAUUUUGUUCAAUAUUGUGUUAACAAUGACAAUAAACAACAUCGUUUUGGGAUAAUUAAAUUAUUUUUUCCUCGCUUAAAUAAAACAUGAGAUGUGUGGACAAAGUGUCUAAAGGCGAAUUGACGAAUCGCAACUUUUAAGCGUAAAAAUCAUGCAACAAUUCACGUUUUACCCUUAUUUUACGAAUUCGUACCGAAUUGAUGCGAACUGUAUCGAAUUCGUACAGAUACUCUUAAAAACUUUUACGAAUUCUACUUGCGAAUUCGUAAACAGAGAAUAGAUCAAACACGAUGCUGAUCAAUUCGCAAAUAAUUCGUAAAAUUAGUUUACGAAUUCGUGUUCACUGU